AAAGCUUGGGUGAGAAAAUAACCUCAGAGUACCAUCAAGCAAAGAACCGUUUGUAUUACUACAUUUAGAAAAAAAGUAAACACAAAACAAUGACUUAUUUUGGAAAAACUCAAAACAAACCACAUGUUGUGUGUGUUCCAUUUCCAGCACAAGGUCAUAUAAACCCAAUGCUUAAACUAGCAAAACUUCUUCAUUUCAAAGGUGGUUUUCAUGUAACCUUUGUUAACACUGAAUACAAUCACAAACGUCUUCUAAAAUCAAGAGGUCCCAACUCUCUAAACGGUCUCUCCUCUUUUCGUUUUGAAACUAUUCCCGAUGGUCUACCUGAGUCCGAUGUGGAAGGCACACAGGAUAUACCUUCUUUGUGUGACUCCACUCGAAAAACAUGCCUGCCUCACUUCAAAAAACUUAUAUCUAAACUAAAUAAUUCUAUAGACAUCCCUCCUGUUACUGGCAUAGUUUCCGAUGGUACCAUGAGUUUUGCUUUGGAAGCUGCUGAAGAAGUUAAUGUCCCUGUCGUUCUUUUUUGGACAAACAGUGCCUGUGGCUUCAUGUGUCACCUUCAAUUUCGCCAGUUAAUUGAAAAGGGCUUAACACCACUUAAAGAUUCAAGUUAUGUGACAAAUGGAUACUUGGAGACUACCAUAGAUUGGGUACCAGGCAUUAAAGAAAUACGAUUAAAGGAUUUUCCAAGCUUCAUCAGAACUACGGACCCAAAUGACGUUGUCAUUGAUUUUCUAUUAUGGGAAUGUGAAAGAGCUCUAAAAGUUUCUGCAAUCAUUUUAAACACGUUUGAUGCGUUAGAGCAAGACGUUUUACAAGCAUUCUCUUCCAUUAAUAAUUUACCUCCGGUUUAUUCCAUUGGUCCAUUAAAUUUUCUUUUCAAAGAAGUUACAGAUAACGAACUGAACUCAAUUGGUUCCAAUCUUUGGAAAGAGGAGCGAGAGUGUUUAAAAUGGCUAGAAAGCAAAGAACCUAACACAGUUGUUUACGUCAAUUUUGGAAGUAUCGCGGUAAUGACCAAUGACCAAUUAAUUGAAUUCGCUUGGGGACUUGCUAACAGCAAGAAAACAUUUUUGUGGGUUAUAAGACCAGAUCUUAUAACCGGUGAAAAUGCUGUUUUACCUCUAGAGUUUUUGGAAGAGACGAAAAAUAGAGGAUUAUUGUCAAGUUGGUGUCCACAAGAGGAAGUUUUGGAUCAUUCAGCCAUUGGAGUUUUUUUGACACAUAGUGGUUGGAAUUCAACGUUGGAAAGUGUGUGUGGCGGUGUUCCAAUGAUAUGUUGGCCUUUCUUUUCGGAACAACAUACUAACUGUCGAUUUAGUUGUCAAGAAUGGGGAAUUGGUUUGGAGAUUGAAGAAGCUAAGAGGGAUAAGAUUGAGGGAAUUGUGAAAGAAUUGAUGGAUGGAGAAAAGGGUAAAGAUAUGAAUGAGAAAGCAUUGAAGUUUAAAGAAUUGGCAAUAGAAGCUGCUUCGGGUCCAUAUGGUUCUUCAUUUGUGAAUUUGGACAACAUUUUUCAUUUACUUUCAUAAAACUUCAAAACUUUAAAUCGCUUUCUUGUUGUUGUCGUCGUCUUUCAUUUGGGCUCUACCAAUGUUGUUAUUGGUACUGUCUUAGUGUGCUGUUUCACUUUAAUAAUGUAAGAACUCUUUAUAGAUAUUGUAAUGAUUAUUUUUUUGUUUGAGAUAAAA